AGCUACUCCGUUCUACCCCCAGAGCACGUGGCCAGCCUGUGCCACUCUUAUGAGGAGAAGCAAAGCCCCUUGCAGAAGCACUUGGGGCCUUCAACCUACGCAGUAAGUAUGAGCCCAGCCAGUGUCCGCGCUCAUUCUAGAAGGUGCACGCAGCAUGCAAAGUGCAUGGAGAGUCCAGGGAGACGACUUAACCACGGUCACAUGCCCAGCAGCUGCAGAGCUGGGACCUGGCCCUGGGUCUCCUGAAUCCACGGACUCUGUGGUAUGUACGUACAGGAUCAGACCUUGCCCUUUCCUCCUAGCUGACCCUUUCCUAGUCCCCCAUGCCCCAUGUGUGAGCACCCAGCUCACUCUCGUUUCUCCCUCUGCAGAGGGUGGUCCCUGGCAGCAUGAGUGGGAGAAGGGGCAGCAGAGACUGUGGACCCCUCAGCUGCACCUAAGACCUCUGUGUGGUCUAGCUGUGUGUGCUGGGGGAGGCUUUUGGCCACCAUUUCCCCCUCUGUAAAUGAGACCGAUACCUGUGUGAGUGCCAAGGCCGGUGUGAGUGCCAAGCACUAGGAGCAGGGCCCUGAGUGAGCAUGGACGUGGGAGCAGGGGUGUUCCUCGACUUUAUACACCUUGGGGGUGGGAGUGGGGCUCCCUGCAUGGGUUGACAAGGCAUUGCUUUUCCCCACCCCACCUCUGUCCCAGCCCUGCAAGUCCAAUCCUUGGGGGUCUAGGAGGGAAGAAGCCCCUGGCUGUGUGACCUUAGGCUGGUGCCUGGCCCUCUCUGGCUCUGAGUUUCUGGGAAAGUCAGCACCCAAGGAACGCCCUCCAGUUUAGCACCUUGACAAGAAAGCUUGGCUCAAAGGCUCAAGGCAUCAAAGGCUCAGCCUGCCCCUCAGGAAGCAGCCCGGGCCCAGCGAGACACUCACCAGGACAAGGGCAACUGUGACGAGCAGGAGGCCCAGGAUUAGGAGAGCCACGGCAUAGCUGGAGGUGAAGGUGUCCAGGGGGCUGGAGGCUUUGGGGCUAGGAGAGCCUAGAGCAGAGCAAGAAGGCUAUGACCAGGCAAGGCGCUGCCUCGGACUUCUCAGAAGGCAGAAUCUGCACCCAGAAGGUGCUGCGGGAACAGAGAGCUGGGGCUGGAAGCACCUUGGAGGGCUCCACGAGGAGGGAAGGCAGGCUUCAGAUCAGGGCAUGCGGAGGCAGCAAGUCCAAGGGAGGAGGCAGAUGGACAGAGGGAGGGGGCCUGCAGAGGGGAAGAGGUACUGACCGAGGUCUAGGAUGACCGUGUCUACCAAGAGGCCCUCUGCCUCCCCCACGGUGUGCAGACCCUGUCACACACAGUCUCACACGAGGGCCUGGGCUGGCGCUGCCCUGAAGAAGGUGGCAACCAAUCUGGUGGUCAGUGGGUCCGGCCUAGUGGGACGAUCAUGACAGACUUCAGGGGCCUGGGCAGCCUUAGAGGACUAGGGUAGGUCAUCUCUUCCAGCCUCGUGCCCUCAACCCCAGAACCCUGGUCUGAGUCCUGGGUCACCCAGGACCACCCUGGACCCACUGGAAUUCGUCCAGCACCACUUGGUCAAAGUUCUGCAGAGAUCUGAGGACAAGGGUCAGCUGGGGGUCAGGAGAGGAUGAAGAGGGUCACAGCUCUACCAGACGAAGCCUCAUUCCUUGUGGCGCCCGGCCCACCCCUCUGAUGUGGGCCCUAAACCUCCGGCUGGCCCAGCCCUGCAGAGAACUGAGUCCCAGAGGAGGCACAGGUGGAGUCAUUGAAGCAACACUGCAGCUGGACCUGGGUCUGAGUCCCUGCUCCUGGCUGUGAGAUGCGCCUCUCCCUCUGUUUAUUCAUCUAAAAGAUACGGCUGUGCUGUUCUGGGUUUGCUGUGACAAUUGAACUGACCUCUGUGAGUUGGUGGUGGCCUCCUGAGAUGGCUUGAGAAGUACAGAGGAACCUGGUGCCAGCCUCAGUCAACCCCGAUGUGAUGAUCUUUCUACCCAUCCUCUUUGAUGUCUUGAUUCUGGCUGAUGUCCUUGGCCAGACCUGCAAGUCCAAUCCUUGGGGGUCUAGGAGGGAAGAAGCCCCUGGCUGUGAGGCCUUGGGCUGGACCCUGGCCCUCUCUGGCUCUGAGUUCCUGGGAAAGUCGGUGGUGUUGGAACUCCGGAUUCAUUCCUCAGCGUUGAGGCACUGUCUGUGGAAGCCGUGGGACAAGGUGAAGCUAAAAGAAUAUCAGCAGAGGAGCAGCCCUGGUGUUCCGGCAGGAGCAAAGACGAAAAAGAAAACUACUGGCCGUAGCCCUGAGACAACCACUUCUGGUGGUUGCCACUCACCUGGGGAUAGCCGGUACCAAGAACUGGAAGUAGCCCUGGACUCAAGCUCCGCAACAAUCAAUCAACUCAAUGAAAACAUAGAAUCAUUGGAAAAGAAAGCAAACAAUGACAUACACAAAGCACAGACGGAGCAGUUAGAGACAAUCAACAUCCUCACAUUGGAAAAGGCAGACUUGAAGACCACUCUUUACCAUACUAAACGUGCCGCCAGACACUUCGAAGAAGAGUCCAAGGAUCUGGCCGGCCGCCUGCAAUCCUCCUUACAGCGUAUUCAAGAAUUGGAGCGGGCUCUCUCUGCUGUGUGUACACAGCAGCGGGAAGAGGACAGGUCCUCGAGCCGCAGUGAAGCCGUCCUCCAGCGGCAGUUCCGGCAGACCUUAAAGGAGCGGGCGCUGCUGAACGCACACGUGACACAGGUGACAGAGUCAUUGAAACAAGUCCAGCUGCAGAGAGACGAAUAUGCCCAACAUAUAAAAGGAGAGAGGGCCCGGUGGCAGGAGAGGAUGCGGAAAAUGUCGGUGGAGGCUCGCACAUUGAAGGAGGAGAAGAUGCGUGACACAUAUCGGAUACAGGAGCUGGAGAGGACCUUGUCCGAACUCAAACACCAGAUAGCUGAGCCCUCAUCCUCGGCGCCCCCAGCAGGGCCUUCUGAGGUGGAGCAGCUACAAGAUGAGGCCAAACACCUGAGGAAGGAGGUGGAGAGUUUGGUGGAAAAACUGCAAUUCCAGGUGGAAAACAACCAGGCCUUGAGUCUCCUGAGCAAGGAGCAAAAGGAGAGGCUUCAGGAGCAGGAGGAGAGGCUCUGGGAGCAGGAGGAGAGGAGGCUGUGGGAGCAAAAUGAGAGGCUUCGGGAGCAGGAGGAGUGGACGCUGCAGGAGCAGGAGAGUCUGCGUGAGCAAAAGGAGAGGCUUAGGGAUCAGGGUGAGAGGCUGCGAAAGCAGGAAGAGAGACUGCGAAAGCAGGAAGAGAGACUGCGAAAGCAGGAGGAGAGGCUACAAAAGCAGGAGGAGAGGCUUCAAAAGCAGGAAGAGAGGCUGCGAAAGCAGGAGGAGAGGCUACGAAAGCAGGAGGAGAGGCUCACGCUUUCCCAGAACCACAAGCUCGACAAGCAGCUGGCCGAGCCACAGUGCGGCUUCGAGGAUCUGAACAACGAGGACAAGAGCGCUCUGCAGUUGGAGCAGCGAGUAAAGGAGCUGCAGGAGAAGCUGAGUGAGGUGAAGGAGAUGGAGCACCUAGAAGCUGCCAGCCAGUGGAACCAACAGCUAGAGGCCCACUUGAGCCUCAUGGCUCUCCCUGGAGAAGGAGAUGAAGGAGGACAUCGAGACAGCGAGGAGGAGGAGGCACCUCGGCCCAUGCCACACAUCCCAGAGGACCUGGAGUGCCAGGAGGCCAUGAGCAGCUUUAUGGACCUCCCGAAGGAGAAGGCGGACAGGAAGGAGCAGGUGGAAAGACUAGAGCUUGGAUUCAUCCAGCUCUCUGGAGCGACAGAGGGCAUGAGAGACUACAUCAGCGAAUAUGAGAGCCAGGGGGCAGUGCCAAACACUCGGCACCAGGAGAAGGAGGACGUCAUGGGUCUGGCUCAGAACGAGGAGAUGAAGGUGAAGCUGCUGGAGCUGCAGAAGCUGGUGUUGCCGCUUGUGUGCAACCACGAGGGUCAUGACAAAUUCCCCCCCGCUGCCCAGAACCGUGGUGAUGAGCCCGCUCCAGGGGCCCCAGCCCCCCAGGAGCUUGGGGCUGCGGAGGAGCAGGGUGAUCUUUGUGAGGUGAGCCUGGCCGACAGCGUGGAGCCUGCAGCGGGAGAGGCCAGGGAGGGUUCUCCCCGUGGCAACCCCACCGCAGAGAAGAUCGUGCAGCUGCUUCCUGUAAUGCAGGACACCCAGGAGCACCCAGGCUUGGGCAGCAAACCCUGCGUCCCUUUCUUUUACCGGGCAGCGGAGAACAGGGAGAUCAACAUCGUCAUCAUCUGAGAGCUGGUCAAGAAAUUGAAAACAACAACAACAACAACAACGAAAAGUUAUGGGGUUAAUCCCCUGCACAAUUCAUUUACUUCAUUUGAAUGUUACAGCCCCUCAUGUUUAUUUGUGUUUCUAAUUUACAGUUUAAAUUUAUUUAUAAAAAGUUAAGGGAGAGUGGCUCUUUCCCUAAUGUUCACUGUGGCA